AUGCCCAUGACAUGGGAUGCUCCUACUGAUGCAAAGCUAUUGCGAGGAAUCCUGAGGUAUGCGAAGCUCGGGAAAAAAGCCCAUGAAGAAUUGGCGGCAUACAUGGGCCUUGAAUGCACUGCAAUUGCAAUAAAGAGACGCAUUGAAAAGCUCCAGAGCUUUGGUUUUAAAAAUCAAUUGGGAACAUCGAGUGUAUCUUCUCCGUCGCCAAAUGGGAAGUUCAACAAUUCCCCAAAUCAUACCUCAGCAAAUGGAGCAUCUGGAUCAAGUGUCAAGGAAACAAGGAAGCGCAAAUUAACGGUUAUAAAUGAUAACAGUGAUGAAGAUGAAAGUCGUAAUUCCCAUAGUAAAAGAAUCAAAUCCGAGAAAAUGGGGAAAGAAUGA